CGUUUUAACACGGGCUGGAAACCCCGUCCAACCCUCUUCCUCUCGCUGUCCACAAGCAAGGUAAAAGGAUGUCUGUUCUCUGGUUUUAUUUGACCAAAUGUAUGACAUUUUCGUGAUAAUUAUUCUCCCAUAACUGACCACGUAUACAUUAAACAAUCAAUUAACAACUACCGGGUUUUCCGGAAAGUACAGAAUCGUGUAGAUUAUUUACAAGAUAUGUAAAGUUGCAUGCGGCACUCACACGUAUCUUCCAGUGAUGGUUGCCCCCAUGACUCUGCAUUGAGGCCUAAACAUUUCGCGUUUACUUUGUCCAUUUUAGAAGAUACUUAUCUUAUCUGCGCUAACGGUGUCUUCCAUUUGAAUGUACUACGCUCGUCGGCUGUUGAACUGUGAUCCUCCUUAUACUGGCUGGAUUUCUGUCUCGAAUUUCUGUGGUUACAUGUCUGGGCUGCUACCGAGGUUCACUACUAGCGUUGUGGCUAACUCUUGCUAAUUAGAUAACUACCAUCACAUGCCGGUGACCGGUUUGUUUUGUGAGCUGGUUAGUCCAACUAGGCUUUGAUACUAUCAGUUAUUUGCUUAAAUUGUCCUUCAGAUAAUGCAAUAUUAUGCGCUGAGGGAUUCAUAUUAUCACGAGAUAGUGAAUAUUUUCUAUCGCCGCUGGCCAACAGGAAGGUAGGUAGCCUAAAUAAUUAGCCAGCCAACUAACGUUAAUUGCCUGCUUAAGCAAGCUGUUCAUCACCCAUUUGGUUAGUUAAGUAACUAGUUAGCUAGAUAUGUGGUUUGCAGGAGAGUUGUCAAUAGUAGUGUAUAGACACUUGCAAUCAUCAGAUUAACUGUUUUCUGAUUAUUGGGGUAGUCGAGUCAUCCUAUCAUAUACCUAACGUUAGUUACAUGACAACUAGGCUACAUAUUGAAUGUAUUCAGGACCUCAGUCUACCCAGGACAUUCAUUGCAGUCUGCAUUGCCAUCAUUCAUGCAUUGUACCUCAUAUUGAAGUUCUCCUCUCCCUCUCUCGUAGAUGCCUGGUGUCACAGUGAAAGACGUCAACCAGCAGGAGUUUGUCCGUGCCCUGUCGGCUUUCCUGAAGAAGUGAGUUUUCCACAGAGUUCUUUAAUAUAAGCAUGUGUAGUCGCAUACACGUGAAGCCUUGUUAAAUUCUUGCUUAGUAAUGCGUUUUCUGACUGACUAACGUAUGCUUUUCAUGUUCUAGGUCAGGAAAGCUGAAGGUCCCAGAUUGGGUGGACAUUGUCAAGCUGGCCAAACACAAGGAGCUGGCCCCCAGUGACGAGAACUGGUUCUACACCAGAGCUGGUAUGAUUUCGACCAUUGACACCCCAUGACAUUCUUCCCUUCAGGACUACCUGUUUUCUCAGGCCAUUAGUCUAGUUUGGUAGCUACAAUCUAUUAUUGGCAUUGGUUUAGACCCAAAUUGGCCACAAAUGAUUUUCCUCACCGUUAGUGCAGAAGUAUGGAACAAGAUCAUUGUGACUGACCAUCAGUGGUAUUAACCCCUCUCCUUUUGUUCCCCUCUUCUCCUUCCCAGCUUCCACAGUUCGCCACCUGUACCUGCGUGGGGGUGCCGGUGUGGGCUCCAUGACCAAGAUCUACGGUGGUCGCCAGAGGAACGGUGUGUGCCCCGCCCACUUUAGCGUCGGCUCCAAAAAUGUGGCCCGUAAGGUGCUGCAAGCCCUCGAGCUUCUCAAGAUGGUGGAGAAGAACCCCAACGGGUGAGUUGAACCAUGCUGGUUAGAAUGUUGUCCCUAGACACUGAUCCAAGGUCGGCGUUCUCAUUGGUCCUUAUGGUUAGGAUUGGGGUAAGCGAGCCGGUCCUACACAGCUACUUCUACUGAGAACAGAGUGAAACACCAGAUAUGGACUGUUUUAUUACGUCACCCAGUCCUGGUCCCAGAGCACAACUGGGUUGAGGAUUUUAAAUUCAGUUUGCAUGCUGCGGCUAACAAAGACCAAACGCCUUGAAACCGGAAAAAAAAUGUUAUUGUUGAACCCAUUUUGUGCCCACUGAACACAACCGUAUACAAAGUAUCUUACAAGUGCUCAAUUUCAUUUGUUUUGAUUAUUUUAUUUGCAUGAAAUAUGGAUGAACAUAACUAUUGUGAUCUUACCAGGCGCAUUCAGAUGUGUUAAUUGAUUUUGUAGCAUUCUAGCAAUUUCUGCACAUGGGUGGGCACAUUUCAUCCUAUGGCGGUUGUGUAGUGGUGUCAUUGCCAAAGUGUUCCAGUCUCUAGUGUUGCGUCAGUCGACCUGUAUAAGGGAUGUUGAUGUCUUUGCGUUGUUGAUGUACAGAAUGGAGUUGAUCCGUUAGUAUGGAGGAGUGUUAAUUUGUUCUCUUGCUGACUGAAUGAACAUCUUCUCUCUCGCAGUGGUCGCAGACUAACCGCCCAGGGAACCAGAGAUCUGGACAGGAUUGCUGGCCAGGUGAGGCCCUUCGCUUUACCCCACCAGCAGGGUUUGGUUACCUUGCUUCUGGGGAGCCCAUGGGUUGUGCAGGCCUGUUCCAGAAAUACGGCAAAAUAAAUAGGUUAAAUCGGGACCGUGAGAUAAUUUGGUCAAAUUAUCUCAAAUAUACAGGUGUGGUGUGAAAUGGAAAUUUGUUUUUUGCAUAUCCCACUCCCCCGAGACACCCUCUACAAGAGUGGGGUCACUGCCAGACAUUGGCCAUUAUUGAUAGCGACCCUGGGGCAAUUAGGUCCUCUGUAGCUCAGCUGGUAGAGCAUGGCGCUUGUAACGCCAAGGUAGUGGGUUCGAUCCCCGGGACCACCCAUACACACAAAAAAUGUAUGCACGCAUGAUUGUAAGUCGCUUUGGAUAAAAGCGUCUGCUAAAUGGCUUAUUAUUAUUAUUAUUAGGUUUAAGUGCCUUGCUCAAGGGCAGAUUGACAGAUUUUUCAUCUACUCUGCUUGUGGAUUCGAACUAGCAACCUUUCGGUUAUUGGCCCAGCACUCUUAACCACUAGGCAAUCUGCCGCCUUGCUUGGCUGGAAUAAAGGCUUUAUAGCCCUAAGGCUCCCCAGGACCAGGGUACUGCCUACUUGUACCUCAUAGUAUCAGGCCUGUGGGCCCUUAUCUAAAAAGUAGCCUCUAACAUGUUUUGUUGCAAAAAUAAGUUUGUUUCAUCACUAAAACAUGUCCCCCUGCACUUUGAUGGUAGUACAUCCCUGACAGUGCAUGUAAUGAGAGCAUCAGCACAGUGUUGCCCAAGCAUGCAACCUGCUUUUUGAAUUCAGCCAGCUGUCCUUGGUCUAGAUUUAUUCUCUAACUUUGCUCCUGAGCCUCGCAGCCUGCAUAAUGAGUGUCAGUCGUAGUUUUUUUUACUGUGGUAAAAACAAACCGCUCUGCCGCUGUCGGCUGCAAUCUGAGUCUGCCUAAGAGGAACAACGGUGUGACAAUCCAAGGGUAAACCAGCAGAGGGAAUUUCAUGCUGACUGAAUCCACCGUAUGGUGCAGCUUUUCCCUGUUGAUCCUUUGUUAUGAGCUGAAUUUAGAUGAGCUAACCUGGCCCUCCCUGGCUGCUACAUGGUGGCGUCAUUGAUCGGCUCGCUUGGCUUCCCCCUGUGGUGUUUUUGAUGGCUUAAGAAAUAGUUUAUAUCCCAGGCAGCUAGGUAUGUCAUGUGCUCUCACCGACAUGACUGGUGUUUCUGACGGGUUGUAGUGUAGUCAAUGUCCUCAAGCUGUUAGUUUUAUUCCAGGCCUCAUUACUUUGUUAGAUCAGGAGCUCACUGGAAUAACCUCAGAACAAAUCUACAGCACUAAGUAAUGUAUUUUUGAUUUGUUUCCCCAGGUUGCAGCUGCAAAGUUGCCGCCAAAGGCUGCACCCACAGUUUAAUAAAUCUAUUUUUGGAGAAGGUGAAA